UAGUACUUAGUCUGUUCUGUUCAGUCGUGCGCGCAGGUUCAUUGUCGUAAUAGUAGUGUUACGUGAUAAUUUAGAACAAUUGUUACCGACGUAUUUAUUAUUUCGUUAUAUUUUAUUUAUAUUUAAAAAUGCUGGCCAUUAUGGAAUAAAACAUUAAUAUAUACCAUGAGACUGUUCAAAAGACGUUGUUCUGAUCCCAGUCCUCAACUUGUUAGUUUGUCACCAAUCGAACAAGACCAUAGAGAUGUAUCUCCCGGGUAUAUGACACCAAAAGGAUGUACUACACCUGAAAAUGGUUCACCAAAACCACAUAAAAAAAGUUUAGCAACUUGGGGUAAAAAAGUCGGAAGAAAGUGGGAUCAGUUAAAAAGAAGCGAUUCUUCAGAAAUACUUCAAGUUUCUCCAAAUCGUAGGAGACAGUGGUCACCUUCAUCUAAGGCAAAUAUAAAAAACCAAGAUAUUGAAAUGCACCAACAUUACAUUGAUAAAUUACAUAAUAAUCAAAAUAAACGUUUAUCGAGAAUAGAAAGUAUUAGAAGUAUAGAAGAACCACAGACUCAAGUAGAAAACGGUGAAGAUUGGCUAAAAGAUAAAUGUCAAAAAGGUCUUGAAGAUUUAUAUGCUAUGGAAAAUGUUUCAAAACUUAAAAUAAUUCCCUGCCAAAUUACACCCAUACAAAGGACAAGAUUGCCCAUAGAUAUUGAUGAGAACCCUCUUGAAGAACAAUGUAUUUUAGAAUAUUUAUUAUCUAAUAAAAAGUUACUUGGAUUGGAACAAAGUAUUGAUAAACUUCAAAGUCUUAGUUAUGAUGAACUUCUUAAAAUAUAUAAUAAAGUUACAAACCGAGUAAAUGAUAGUUGUAAUAUUAAAAACCGUAGAAGAAGACAUACUAGUUUUGGGGAGACACUAAUGAUAAAUAAAAUUGAUGAAAAAAACCGUGUUGUAAUAAAAGCAGAUGAAAGUGGUUAUGAGAGUGAUUCGACAAGAAAUGGUGGAGACUCUCCAAGAGGAUCUAUUAAAUCGCAAUCUUCAGUUGAUAAUGAUGAGUUUUCAAGAAAAAAUGUUCGAGUGGGAUUAAGAAGAGGUGAAGUGAAAGACCUUCAGGUUGGAUCAAAUGUGGAAACUUCAUCAUUAAUGUGUGAUGAAUGUAAAAAACCUGAACAAAACAUGAGUCUUUAUCAAAGAUUUUUACUAAAAAAAAGUAGUUGUGUAAAUCCAAACGAUAAACAUUCAGAGAUAAAAACAAUAAGAUUUAAUAAACGUCUAGGAGAAGAUGUUGGAGUAAAUGUGGAAUACCAAGAUAUUUCUUCAAGAUCCCGUACAUUAUUUAUUACAGCUUUGUCAGGCCCAGCAGCUAGAGAUGGUAGAUUAUGUAUACAGGAUGAAAUAAUAAAAAUCAAUGGUACUAGAGUAAAGGGCCUAAGACGGCAAGAUGUGGAAUCAAUAUUACGUUCAUCAAAGUAUAAUAUAGAGUUUGUUGUAUCUAGAACUAAAUGUCAACCGACUCCUAAACCAGAACAAGUAAUAUUAAUUAAAAAACCUCCAACGGUACCUAAAUAUCCAGUAAAAUUAGAAGAAAUGCAUGAAGCUAUAUACACUAGACAAUCAUCCUUGCCAGAAAUUAAAUUAGAGGAAAAACCUAAAAUGACUGGAAUGCGUAAAUUUUCAGUGCAUUUAGAUCAAACUCGACCAAAAAAUACUCAAAUACCUCGAUUGCCAAGACCUAGAUCAUUAUCAAUAUCAUUAACAACAAUAAUUUUUCAUAAAGGACCUGGUUAUAAGUCUUUAGGAUUUAGUAUUGUUGGAGGAAUCGAUUCUCCAAAAGGCAGCAUGGGGAUUUUCGUAAAAACAAUUUUUCCAUUAGGCCAAGCUGCUGAAUCGAAGCUCUUAAAAGAAGGCGAUGAAAUUAUUAGUGUAAAUGGCAAAAGUAUGGAGGGGUUUAAGCAUUCUGAAGCAAUAGCUUUAUUCAAAGAAGUUAAAUGUGGCCAGAUUGUUUUACAAGUUGGGCGUAGAGAUCUCAUAAAAAGGAACAAUAAAUCUAAAUCAUGUGAUGAAUUAGACAAAGUUGUUAAAGAUCGUUAAAACAUUAAGUAUUAUUUAGUAAAAUUAUAUUCUGUGAUAUGAUAGGUGAAAAUCAAGUGUUAUAUUAAGUAAGAAAGACUAAUAUUUAUUAUUUAUUAGUUAAUAAUAGUUAGAUAAGCUAAGAUUUUGUUUAUUAUAUUCUUUAAAAGUUGUAAUAUAGAUAUUAUAGAU